UGGCGAAUGAUUGGGACAAUACUAUGAUCACAUAACCGGCGGGUGUUGUUCACAGAGGCAGGACCAAGUGUACCCUUCUGUCCAAUCGACUUAAAUGGCAAGACUGCCAGAUCGCGUAGGCAAUGAGCCGGCCUGCGGCCCCAUCGGUAUUAUGCUAUUGAGUUGAUCUUUCCAUACAUUUGGUAGACUUCCUGUCGCAGUCAACAACAUAAAUAAUAUCACUGACAUAGGAUAAGCUAGCACUAGGACUCAUCGUAUGUGCACGUGGGACUAGGCAUCCGCCUGCUGACUUCCUGGACGCUUACCGCGGGUGCGCAGUGACUCCACUCGUACCACAUGCGCGGCAGGGCAUCACCUCUAAGCAUCGAGCAUUUCCAGAGCUCUGCCACGUAGAUACGCCAGAACGAUGGCGAACGCACAACACAAGCUGGAAUAUCUCUUCAUCCUCGACUUCGAAGCAACCUGCGAUGACAAAGAACCCAAAAUUACGCAAGAGAUCAUCGAGUUUCCGACACUCGUUUAUGACCUGAACACGAACCGGGUCCUUGAUGAAGCCACAUUCCACGAAUACGUCAGACCUGUGGUCAAACCGCAACUGACAGAGUUCUGUGUCUCUUUGACUGGCAUCACUCAGGUGUGAAGCUCGGGUUUUCGCAUCCAAUCUUCACGGUGGUUUAUGUGCCGUGUAAACAGGAAACACUUCACCGAGAAUCCUUCCAGCUAUUCCUUUCUGACUUGCGGGGAUUGGGAUCUGAAGACGAUGCUGCCUUCACAACUGCGGCUCUCGUUCGGUGGAGACGAUGCUAGCUCGGACUCGAACCAGGCGCUGCGCAUUGAUGAACACUUUUCACCUUGGAUCAAUAUCAAGACGGCGCUUGAGGGUAGGCACCACUCUGGCAUCGACGAC